UCACGAGUUCCAACCAAGCGACUACAGAUGUUCCAGGGCGUUCCCACCGAUGGCUAACUCAUGGAUGGCGUUGGUGGUUGGGGCUUGGGGGUGCUUGCUGUUGGGUGUCAUCUACUUUCUUAAGAGAUCGAUCCAGCAAGUCAACGAAAUGUGGUCACGUUGUCAUUCCAACCGGUCGUCUGAACGUAAGAACACGGAUGCUAGUAGUGGCAGUCCUGAUAGUGUAAGAGGGAUUAGCAAGCGUAACGGCUCACGUAACUCCUACGUCAUGAACCGGAUGUCAAAUGACGUCACAUGCUCCAAAGAUGAAGCGAUAUGCUCCAGGGGUAGGGUUAAUAGUUCUUCAGGGGCGCACCAUGAUCGCCUCCCCUCCUGCUUCGACUCUGAGAAAGACGACACGGGUUCUGUGUUCUCGGCCUCGCCUACUGACCGUAAAUACUUUAGCCUCGGCGCACAGGCAGCAAGAGGUCCUAAACGUUCAUGCGACUCGACUGCUCCACUAUCAAAACCGAAGUCUAGCGGCGCCCAUCGUCGUAUGCUUGAACACCUACGAGCGACAAGAGCUACAACGUUCAGUUUGAGAUAUGUAAUCUGGUUGACCGCUUCGUUUGGCAUCUGUACAACCCCGACUAUGGUGUUCCUUACUAUAGAUAUGUCAUACCCAGGAUUAGUAUUGAAUAUGGUGGCACUAAAUUCGUGCUUCCUUUGCCCAUAUGUUUACUGUUAUAUGUGCCCGUUCAUUCUGGUCAAGUGUCUGCCUGGAGUCAAGACAUCGCUUUCUGCUCUAAUUCUCAGCGUGUAUUCAACAACGGACAAAUAACUUGCCAACAUCCUGACAGAAAACACUACGUAUGUUAUGGAUAAACUAUUGUAACUUAUUUAUCCUCGCAUGGCGGGGCAACGACAGUUGUUAUAACAUAAAUGUAUAACAUAGAUGUUCGCUUAACAUAGAUACACCCACUAAGCCAUAGAGCCAGACCAACAAGGGCUGUUUAAUCUAUAUGGGUGAUAUCUAUAGCGGGGAAAAAAAAGAAGUCACCCGGUUAAAAUCCAGGCAUUUCAUGCAGAACUCCAAUCCCAAUCCAAUAUUGCAUAUUUUUUCAAUGUCUAUAUUGUACAAACCCAACUCCAACACAGAUCUAGUCCUUUGUCGCAUUGGGGAGUGUUAUGUACAUUCUGACACAAUAUUGUACAGCAGAUCAAAUGCAGAUGGAACUUGCAGUAUACACUGCCAGUAUGCGUGAACGAUAUGUACAUUUUGGCUCUCGCUGUAGAAUACAACAUAAGUUAAAGUAUCUCUUCGAAUACAGUAGCGAAGAUUAAAAUAACUAAAACAAACGAAA